ACUAGAAUUACUACAAGAACAAGAAUAAGCGGCUUACAAAAGCAUGGUGAUGCUGGAUUAGUACCUGGGAUGGGACCAAUUUUCAUUGUUUUCACUCUCUUUUGACCCAGAGUAGUUUUAUAGUAUCUCUUUUGUCGUCUCCUAUAUGCAUUAUUCUCGUACUCUGAAGUAUGAAGUACUCUUUGAUACUAAUGAGUUUGUAGUCUGUAAUCUGUACUGUAUCUAUAUACAUAUUCUAAAACGAUAAGACAUGCAGUAACUCCAGAGGUCCAGAGUUUGCAGGCAAACUUUUUUAGUUUUUUUGGCCAUAGUUUGAUUCCUACCACUUAUCAGAUGUGUGACUGUUUCUCCAUACAUUUAGAGACCACGUGUUUGAAAUGGUUUUAGAGGACAAAAUUAUAGCCAACCCAGAAUUUCCCUUGUUGUUGUUGAUCCAACUUAAAAUGAAUCUUCUAAAGUCUUCUUCUCAGAAAAAAAGCGGAACAAAGUAAAGGAAGUGGAACUUCAGUAUACCACAAAGAUCUCUAUGUGUUUUUAGUGCUAGUAGUGGCGUGUCAGAGAGAACCACCAAACUAAUCUCUCUCUUGUUGUUUGAUUGUUACUGAUAUAUGAGCAUUUUUCUUAUUAUUACAAUUUUGAUGAUCUUAAUUAUUAGGAUUUGUGCGUGUGGAUAUCAAUGUCAACUAACAGUGAUUAGAACCCCACAGUGAAUUCUACUAUCUCAGUGGAAUUCCUCAUGCAUCUUGUUCCUGCAGCCUAGACGUAAGUGGGAGCACCAACUUCAUACAUACACCGUGAUAAAUACAAGUCAAAGGUACCAACUUUAUUACUGAUGUGCAACAAAUGCAUUCUUGUCAUUCCAUAUUUUCUUGUGUUCUUAAGUGUAGAUAAGAAGGACAUAUUUCUUUGAUAUUGAAUGUAAUUAGAUGUUUGAGUAUUAAGAAGCUGAUGGAAAGUGAAAAGGGUGUUGAGAUUGCAAUUCCGAUUUUAGAAGCUUCAAAGAGAUCAGAUGCUGGCAAGCAAGAAGGUGGGAAUCUUCCCAAAUAUUCUUCAGGCAGGGCUAAUGAAUCUGGAGCAUAUUGUGUCUCAAAUGCUGUUCAGGGGAAAACAUCAAAUGGGAACUCAGUAAAUGCUGAUCAGACUCUCAGACGCAGGCAUGGUUCUAGUAAAUUCACUGAGACUGAUUCAUCCCUCAUCAGUGAACUUCAGAUUAGAAGCUUGUCCAUGAAAACCUCUAAGUUUACACAGACCAAAUCAAGAGUGCUGGAUGUGGAACAAUCUGAUCCAACCAGCUUAAAUGCAGUAUUUGAGAGUAAUGAGAUGAAGAAUACAGGUUUUCAUGCUAGAGGCUCACUUUCACAAAAGAUCAAAUCCAUGAGAGCUGGUACUCUUGCACCAUCAGAAGGAAAAGGUGAUGAUUAUGGUGAAGGUAGUGAUCACAAGGAUGAUGAGGAAGAUGAUGAUGAGAAGGAGGAGGAGGAGGAAUAUGGGGAGAAAAAGGGUGACGAAAAGAAGGGAAAACGGCGGAGAUUCAGCAAAAUUAGUAAGAAACUGAAAGCCAUGGAUGUUGUCAUUGAAUGGUUACUGUUUACUGGUGCUAUGGUUGUUUUGAUUGCUAGCUUAUACGCCGAUGAUCUGAAAUUCCGUGCUAUAUGGGGUUUGGAGAUAUGGAAAUGGUGUGUGCUGGUUGCUGUGAUCUUUUGCGGCCGUUUAGUAACAAAGUGGGCUAAGGAUGCCAUUGUUUUCUUGAUUGAGAGUAAAUUCUUGUUUAAUGAGAGAGUUGUGUAUUUCUUACACGGCGUGAAGCAGAGUGUUCGUGUAGCGAUUUGGUUGGCUUUAGUACUUGGGGCUUGGGUUCUGCUAAUUGACAGAGAUACUAUCAAGCGCUCAAAAGAGACUGUCAAAGUUCUGAGUUAUAUUACAAAAGCACUUGUUGCAUCUCUUAUUGGGGCAGUCAUGUGGAUGGUGAAGACUUUGCUAGUAAAGUUCAUAGCUGCUUCUUUUCAUGUCAAGACAUUUUUUGCUAAAAUUCGGGAAGCUAUCUCUGAUGAAUAUGUUCUUUGGACCCUGUCAGUUCCUCCAUCACUCAAUUUGGAAGAAGAUGGAAGCAAUAACCAGGCAAAAAAUCAAUGCUUUGGCUUCAAACUCGCCAAAUGGUUGAGGUGGGGAUCGAAGAAAGAGUGCACUGGAGUAGAUGAUCAGCAGAAGGUGUUGCAGAAGAAGAGUAGUCAGGUACAACAGGAAGGAAAAAUUACUUUAAGGAAAUUGGGAAAGAUGAAGCCCGGAAAAAUGCCUGCUUCAACAAUGGGACAGUUAAUUGAUAGGAUAAAGAGCUCAAAACUGUCCAUUGUUUCCAGUGCUCUCUAUGAUGAUCAUCUUGAUGAUGGAGGUGAACAGAAAGAUAUCACUAGCAGAAAGGAAGCCGAAGCAGCAGCUUCUCUAAUAUUUCAAAAUGUCAGAAGGCGUGGCCGAGACUACAUCAAAAAGGGUGAUCUCUUGCCUUUCAUGAACAAAGAGAAUGGAGAUUGUUUAGUUGAAUGGUUUGAAAAGGUUGCUGAAGAGGAGAAGAUUACGGAGACUAACUUAUCAGAAUGGGCGGUAAACACCUUCAGGCAAAGAGAGUAUUUAUCCCAUUCAUUGAAGGAUGCCAAAACAGCUAUUGAAGAACUUAACAGAAUCCUUUCCGGCAUAGUUCUGGUGUUGAUCAUAGUUGUGUGGUUGCUUCUCAUGGGAUUCGCAACGACCAAAGUAAUAUUCCUUAUGUCGUCUCAAAUCUUAUUGGCGGGGUUUGUGUUUCGCAAUGCCUGCAAGACUGUGUUUGAGGCCUUGAUUUUUGUAUUUGUCAUGCACCCUUUUGAUGUAGGCGACCGCUGUGUCAUUGAUGGUGUUAUGAUGGUUGUAGAGGAGAUGGAUAUCCUGAAAACAGCAUUUUUGAGAUACGACAACGAAAUGAUUUACUAUCCUAAUGCCGUUUUGGCUACUAAAGCAAUCAGUAAUUUUAACAGAAGCCCUCAGAAGAUGGGUGAUACUGUCAAUUUUGAUAUUGAUAUCUGGACUCCAGCUGAAAGUAUCGAAACUCUGAAAGCUAAAAUAAAGGAGUAAGCUGGCUUCAUCUUUCUGCAUCUUAAAUACCCCAACUGUCAUUGUUCAGUUUCAGUUUUCAUUUUUAGUAUAAUUUGUGCUAAAAGUGAAAUCACAGACUGGACAUUAAUUUUGGGACGGAGGGGGUGCAUUCUUGCAAAAGCUGUAUACUUGCUUCUGAUUCUUGGGAAUUGGUUCAAUGCAACAGGUACAUUGAGGAAAAAUCCCAUUACUGGCAUCCUGACCACAGUUUGCAGAUAAAGGAGAUUGAGAACAUGAACAAAAUGAAAAUGGCACUUUAUGUCAAUCACAGGAUGAACUUCCAAGAUUAUCUGCAGAAAAUGAAUCGGAGAACUGAACUUAUGAUGGAGCUCAAGAAAAUGUUUGAAGAGAUUGGAAUUAGGUAUCAUCAACUCCCCCAAGAAAUGCACAUCAAUUAUAUUGGCUCAGCAUCCCCAAUGGCUCAUUCGGGAUCUGUAUUUUAAGAACUGUCUAGUUACGAUUAAUCUCUUUGUAUCACAUUCUGGAGGCCAGGAAACUUGCUUUGUUCUUGUUAUAAACCUGGCAGUAGUUUAUGAUUAAGGAAGGUAGUAGUGGCUAAGCAGCUAAGGCUUUCAGCUCAUAAAUUGUGUAAUGUUCUUAGUAAAGAAUGGUAAUGUAAUUUGUAACUGCUGCUUGUGGUAAGUCACUAUGCUUCUUUCAGUCUUUGCAAGUUAAAAGAAGUAUGAAGUUCAUGAUGUUUACUGCUCUAUUCAAAUUAACUAGUGCAUGUCUGUAUUGGGAUUUCCGAUUUCCGGUUUUUGCGAUACCCUAGCCCUUCUUA